CGGGUCCUUGGGCAGGGGUGGAGCUUGAGAGCGGCGGCGGCGGCUGAGGCGCUGAGGCGGCCCGAGCGGGGCGGGAGGCCGCGGGACGGCGGCGGCCAUGGGGCAGUGCGGCAUCACCUCCUCCAAGACCGUCCUCGUCUUCCUCAACCUCAUUUUCUGGGCUGCUGCUGGCAUCCUGUGCUACGUGGGGGCUUACGUCUUCAUCACCUACGACGACUACGACCAUUUCUUUGAAGAUGUUUAUACGCUUAUCCCUGCAGUGGUCAUCAUAGCGGUGGGGACCCUUUUAUUUAUCAUCGGUCUGAUUGGCUGCUGUGCCACAAUCCGGGAAAGCCGCUGUGGCCUCGCCACGUUUGUGAUCAUCCUUCUGUUGGUUUUCAUCACAGAAGUGGUGGUAGUGGUUCUAGGCUACAUCUACAGAGCAAAGGUGGAGGCCGAAGUGGAUCACAGCAUCAAGAAAGUGUACGACACGUACAAUGGCACAAACCCGGAUGCUGCCAGUCGGGCGAUUGAUUACGUGCAGAGGCAGCUGCACUGCUGUGGGAUCCACAACUACACAGACUGGGAGUCGACCGCCUGGUUCAAAGAAGCGAAAAACCACAGCGUGCCCCUCAGCUGCUGCAAAGCCACCAUCAGCAAUUGCACGGGAAGCUUGGCCCGUCCUGCAGACCUUUAUUCUGAGGGAUGUAAAGUCUUGGUGGUAAAGAAGCUACAGGAGAUCAUGAUGUACGUGAUCUGGGCUGCCUUGGCAUUUGCUGCUAUUCAGCUGCUGGGCAUGCUCUGUGCCUGCAUUGUGCUCUGCAGAAGGAGUCGGGAUCCUGCCUACGAGCUGCUCAUCACCGGGGGGACUUACGCCUAGAAGAAGGUCCGCAGGCGAAGCUCGAAGUCUCGUUUUCUCCGCUCAGAAGCCAGCUUGGCAGCAUCACCUGCCGCAGUAGUUCCCACUGACUCUGACUUGGCAGCCACGACCUCUUUCCUGAACAAUUAGCCCCUACACCGGUGAUGGGCAAAGCUUGGCUUUCAGUCCCUUCCCUAUUACCAACUCCCUCUCCUUUGGCCAGCUUCCCACUUAUCUAGCCAUGGUAGCCACCGAGUAACGCUAGGUUGUUGGUUUUUUUUAAUCCAUUUUAUUUUAAAUGGCAUGAAAGCUACAGGUGACCUGUAUGGCUAAAAAGGGUGCAGUGAUUUAUUCUUAUAUCCUUCCAGCAUUUGUUGGGUGGCAUCUCCGGUCAGAGUUGUACGAGGGAAGUCAUUUAUCUUAAUUUUGUGAAAUUUAAUUCUGCUGCUGCUUGCCUCUCACCAGUGUUUUUCUGUCUUUUUUUUUUUUAUAAAGCAAAGCAUUAAGUCCAGUCCAGAACACUACGAAACGACUACUAAUCAGAAUUUUAGAAUCCUAUUAGUGCAUCUCUUGACUUCCUUAAAUUCAAAUGAACAAACCUUCCGAACUUUUAGCGUGUUUUUAAAAAAAAAAACGAGCUGGCUUUUUCAGGAGUGUAAUGUCUUGCACUACUGUUCUAUAAGGAAAUUUUCAUUUUUUACUAUAUUGGGUCUGUUUCUGUAUCGAGUGACUUGUUAUCCUAGAGUAGCGAAAUAGAAUGUGAUACGGUGAAAUGUAAAUAGGAAAUAGGAAACCAAAUUAAAUAAAUCUUCUGUACAUCCUCCCCAAACUAAA